AUGCGAAUACUCGAUGCACCCUGUUUUGAGAAUGAUUCUGGUCGGACGUGCACUCCCUGCGACGAUGACGCCACAAGGAAACCCUCCUCCCAGCCGCGGCCUGUCGCACGGCGGAGCGAUGUAGACGGGGCCGUCUACCACAAGAGGAGGAAAGCAAAUCCCAGCCUUGGAACCAGUCUCGAAUCCACACCCACGCACUUCGACAAAGGCAUCACCACGACGGCGCGCCACAGCAAGCGGCAAUCGCGCCUUUCGACAAAUCGCAGCUUGCGCUCCCUCGUUUGCCUGUCGCUCUUGUCGCAGCCCGCCGCCGCCGUUCUUCUCCACAAAUUCGACAAUUGCCUUCAGGAACCGACCAAGGAUAGUGAUCCUCUCGAAUUACAAUGGGUUCCGCUUUACGUGGGGGCGACCUUCGACACCAAGAACAAAAGCCAUAACCUUAGGGUCACCGUUUGGGGGAACGUCACGGGCGCCUACAACCCGACAGCCGGGCCUGAACUGCCUCCCUGGGACAGCGACGACUGGAACAACCCCAAUGUCACAGACGGCAAGAUCGUGGACAACCCGUUCCCGACAACUGCGAACUUCCUCACCACACUGCACAGCAAGAUCGAUGUUGUGACGUACGAGCCGUACGCGGCCGAUUUCGACUUUUGCAAGGACGCCCUGACGAAUGCGUCAUGCCCGCUGGGCCCCUACUUCAAUAGGACGGAAAUAACCUCUCUUGCUGCCCUGCCGUCCAUCACGAUGUCGAAGGACUUCUAUUCGAGCUACGCUUUCACAUCGUUCUCGCCCACGUUCUCCAUAAUAUACGGCGAUGCCGUGAAGACAACCGUUGGCUGCGUCUCCGCGACAGUGACCCCUGAUCUCGGCAAGCUGACCUGGAUGUUGAAGUUCCUGCCCCUCAUGGUCCUCCUCUCCGUCGGAUUUGCUACUGUGUUUGCCAGCAUCUACAGCCCGUGGGGGACAACGGAUAUCUUCCACUGGAGCUCCAAUUUUGGAAGACAUAACGACCUCCUCCGCUUAGUGACGCCAGGCUUUGGUGACUGCCUCCAAUACAUCCAGUUUGUGACGUUGACUGGCGGCCUCACCCUAAAUUAUCCCGGCUUCUUCCAGCCCAUCGUCAGUCAGGCGUCCUGGUCUGCGCUGAUGUUCAAUGAGAGCUUUGUGAGCAACGAGCCAGGAUGGCAGAGCUUGAGGGACGGCAUCUACUUCACCAACGGCAGCUACGGCCUCCAGGAUCUCGGCCAGCUGGUCGGCAUGGGCAAUGUUGAGGAUGUCUGGGCGGGCAUGAUGGUCUGGCUUCUAGGCAUCAUAGCAGCCGCGGCCGUCAUCACUCAACUGGGCUUUGCGGUGCAAUGGGUCUACCGCUUUGUCAAGAACGUCCAGGAGGAAGAUCUCCGCAACAAGAACCUCCCUUUCACCGUGGGGAACGUCGUCAGAAUUGUUUUCAACUUCUUCCUGCUACCUUUGGUUGCAUUGUCCAUGUUUCAGCUCGUGGUUGCCGCCAAGUCACCAGCGUACACAGUAGCCCUCGCGGCCGCGACCAUCGUACUGCUUCUUAUCUUUGCCGGCUGGCUUCUACGCCUUAUCACGACUACCAAACCGCGGUCGGUUCUGUUCGACGACCUCCCGACGGUGCUCCUUUACGGGCCUCUCUACAACACCUAUUCCGACGAAGCUGCCGCGUUCGCGUUGAUUCCCGUCCUGUUAACGUUCAUCAGAGGUGUCGGUAUCGGCGCUGUGCAGCCUGCGGGCAUUGCACAGAUCAUCAUCUUGGCUAUCUGCGAGGUUGUGCAAGUAAUCACCCUGCACGCCUUCAAGCCUUUCUCCUCACCUACGUCGAUGAAUGCGUACCACACCCUCUUUGCGGUGCUACGAUUCACAAUAAUACUUCUCAUGACCGCAUUCAUUCCGCAGCUUGGCGUCACCGACGGUCCAAAGGGGUGGAUAGGAUACGUCAUCCUCGUGAUACACAGCGGCGUACUGGUUUUGUGCUUCUUACUCAACGCUCUGCAGACCAUCAUCGAGGUUAUUGCAAGGUUACUGGGCGCAGGAGGGGACGAUAACAAGGGCUUGUCGCAGGGGCCUUUGUCGAGGAUCUUCGGCGCGCGGCAGCUUUCCAGGAGGACUUCGCGGCGUGGUGGUCCUUCCAGACAAAGUCAAUUGUCAAGCACGGCUAUGUUGAGUGCGAAAGAUCCAGUUCAAGCAGGAUACAUUGCGCCAAGCGGCCGUCUUCGAAGUGAAUCAGCAGGUAGCGUUGGGGUGAUUCUCAACGGUCGGCCUCAGAGAAGCUCGUCAGCCCUUGAUGCUAUGAGUUUUGACAACUCGAUGCCGCCGUCUCGUCUCGAAGGCGGGACGUCCUUCGCGCCAUCGACCCCUGGCGAGGCCAGCACAUACUCCUUCCUCCCAUCUCCCGUGAUAGGGCAGCAGACCCGACACUCGGUACCGCCGAACGCUUUGAUAACAGACAGCCCGGGCGACACAUUCUACCGGCCACCAAGGAAGCGGGGCAAGACACUUGAAAACCAGUCCUCGCACUCCAGAGCUCGCGGGUCCUGGGGGACGAGUGGUGAGUGGUCUCAAAGGCGGACGAGCCAAAGUGGCGGAGGCCCGCUCGACCUAGUCGAUGCCGACCCUGUCGACCGUGACCGAGAUCGUGAUCGCGCAACACCUGCGACGUAUGCCUUCCCCACGAGAACAGACUACGCCACUCGCGAAGUCGAUUUCUAUUACGGCGUGCAGCGGGGCUCGAGGCUUAAUUCGGACGCGCCGCAGAGAAAGCUGGGCACAGGGCCCGCAGAUCCCACCGGGACAGUUGCUACUGCAACAGGCUGGUUCAAGAACAUGUUCAGCGGCAAGAGGAAGGAGAAAGGCAAAGGUUUCGAGGUCGUGCGGAGCUCUCGGAUGCCUCCUGCCAUGCGUUCGGAUCAAGCCUACGAUGACACAGAUCCUCCCGAAGGAACGCCUGUGGCGAUGGGUGUGCUGAGGAAAGGACCCAUCGAUUCGGAUUCUGACGAAGGCGCCGCCAAGGGUCCGGGCCCGGCCGCGCAGGUCGACGAGCCUCCACCAACAGCGCGAUUGCUCAACGACGAUGGCGUCAGCAUAGAUGAAGACGCUGCUGACGAGCCGGGAGACCUGGGUACUUCUCGAAAUGCACCAGUGCUGCCUGACGUGGAUGCUGGUGGAAGCUUCCACGUACCCAGUCGCGCAGUAUCGAAGACUAGUCACAUCUCGCACAGGAGGGCUGACGCGGACGGAUCAGUGCCUGAUGUUCCUCGGAAAAGUUCUAGGCGCAAAUCCGACCUAAUAAGUGGACUGACUCUUAAUAUGGACGCGUCGCCACCUCGUGGACAAAACCAAGCAACGUCGUCGCGCCUCCCCUUCCAGCCAUUGUCGCGGAACGUAUCGGCGGACAAGAGAACGCCCUCGAUCUCGUCGCUCGGGGAUGAGUCUGACACGCACCGGCUGUCGAGUGAGAAUCGGCUGGGCACCGUGGCCCAUGGUAGUAUCAACAGAUUCCCAUCGGAUUCUCGGGGCAAGAUCGAGGGCAGUUCGGCGGAGUUCGUGGAUCGGUGA